CAAAGGUUAUUAGCAUUUAAUAUAAUAGUGUAGUGUAAUUGCUCACAUGCUACCUGAAACGCCAUGUUAAUCUCACCUUCUUAUGCUUACUCUGACACCCCAUUUUUGGGCGUUUCUGCCUCUUCGUUGCUUCUUUCUCAAUUCUCUCUCUCUUUCUUAUUGCUUCAACUCAUCUAAUUUAUCUUUCUACGUAUUUUCUGCUUUUAUGUUGUGAGGUUUGUUGUUGUUAGUCUAUGGGAUGGGUGGAGUGAAGCUGCAACUUGUUUGUUUGCUGCUGCAAUUAUGUGCCUUUGCUUUCUCUAUGGGAUCUGCAGGCGUCCGUUUAUCGCCCUCUCCGUCAGCAUCCUCUGCAGUUCAUCCUGUUGAAGAGGGAAUACCCUUUUUUGUCUCUCAUGGGAAUGCGUCCACAAGUAAUGCACCUGCUCCUGCAUUAGAGUUGAAUGUAGCAUCUCCUCCUGCAAAUGUCUUUCCACCAAUGAUGUCCCCCACUAUCCCUAAACCAAUAGAAGUUCUUACACCGUCUCUGCAACCAAGUGCUCCUAUAAUAUUGCCACCACCCAGUUCAGCUCCACCCACAAUCAAUUCAGCCCCACCACAAAUUGCUUCUCUACCAGGUCCUCCUCCUCCAAUAGUGUGGAGUGAUCCCGCUCCAGUUCUGCCUCCGAGUGCUCCUAAGAGAGAUCAUCGACAUACUGAACAGCCUGUUGUCGUUCCAGAAGCUCCAGCACCAGUGUCGUCACCUGGAAGGAACUCUACUGAAGAUGCACCAACUAAAACUCCACCGCUACCUGGAUCUAUGCCACCCAGUGAGAGCAGGUCACCAGAGGGUCCUCUCUCCUCAAUUGCCCCAGUUUUGAAUGCGCCUUCUCCAAGGGGAAUGCCGAGAAAUUCACUGCCCACCCUCCCAAGAAAUCCAGAAAUUUCACCAUCCAUUCCACCAGUCCUGAAUGCCCCUUCUCCAAGGGGAAAGCCACAAAAUCCUCUGCCCACCCACCCAAUCAUUCCAGAAGUCUCACCAUCUAUGCCACCAGCAACAUUUGCACCACCUCCGAGGAAGUUGCCUAACAAUUCACCACCCAGCCAUCCAAGACAUCCUCUAAAACCUCCAUCCAUUUCACCAGUUAAGCAUAAUAUAUCCCCUGUAUCAAUUCCGUGGCCAAGCAUCAACCGCAAAAGAGCAAGUGCUCCAACUGUUGCACCUACCAAGGGAAUGAACCAUCAGCAUCCAGCAAAAGGAUUGUCGGUACCACCGGUGCUUGCACCUUUAGCUUCUCCGGAGAGUCAUGAUUCUCCUGCAAUAUCAUCAUCUCCAAGUGCUUCAUCUAGACCAACUAAAAGUAAGAAGCCAUUUCUUUCCCCUAAAUUCUCUCCCUCUGGGUCUUCACCAAGGCAUCCAAAGAUACCGCAUCCAUUUCAGGCACUACCACCUCCACCUCCUAAUGAAGAUUGCGCAUCAUUGGCUUGUGCUGAGCCUUUCACAAAUGGUCCACCCAAAGCACCUUGUGUUUGUGUCUUGCCCAUGCGAAUUGGACUACGCCUUAGUGUAGCACUCUACACCUUCUUCCCUUUGGUUUCAGAGUUAGCUACAGAAGUUUCUGUUGGGGUAUUUAUGGAUAAAAGUCAAGUUCGUAUAAUGGGAGCAAAUUCAGCUAGCCAGUACCCAGAAAAGACCAUUGUCCUUAUUGAUUUGGUACCCCUCGGAGAAAAAUUUGAUAACAUGACAGCAUUUGUGACAUCACAAAGAUUCUGGCACAAACAAGUUGUUAUAAAAUCAUCACUUUUUGGUGAUUAUGAUGUAUUAUAUGUGCAAUAUCCAGGUCUUCCUCCCUCUCCACCUUCAGCAGCUUCAGACAUUGAUACCAUAAGUAGCCAACCAUAUCCUGGUGAUAAUAACGGAAGGACCAUACAGCCUCUUGGAGUUGAUGUGAGGGGGCAACAGCACAAAAGUGGGCCAAGUCGGAGUGUCAUAGCAGUAAUUGUGCUGUCAGCCUCUGUCGCAGUUAUUUUAUGUUGUGCUGUUGCAUGGGUUUUGCUUUUCAGACAUAGAGAUCACGGAUAUCAGUUAGAACCAACUCCACCAACUACAUUACCAUCCCUUGCAAAGUCAUCAGGGAUUGCAGCCUCCAUGAUUGGGAGUAGGCUGAACUCUCCUACAUUAUCCUUUAGUUCAAGCUUUGCUGCUUAUACUGGUUCAGCUAGAACAUUUUCUUCAAAGGAAAUUGAUAGAGCAACUGACAGCUUCAAUGAAGCAAGAGUACUAGGUGAAGGGGGAUUUGGUCGUGUUUAUAGUGGUGUGCUUGAUGAUGGGGUGAAAGUGGCAGUGAAAGUCCUCAAGAGAGAUGACCAACAGGGUGGUCGUGAAUUUUUGGCUGAAGUAGAGAUGCUUAGCCGCCUCCAUCAUAGGAACUUGGUCAAGUUGAUAGGUAUAUGUCUUGAGGAGCGCAGUCGCUGUUUACUUUAUGAGCUCAUCCCAAAUGGCAGUGUGGAAUCUCACCUUCAUGGUGUUGACAAGGAAAGUUCUCCACUUGAUUGGGAUGCCCGAAUGAAAAUAGCACUCGGUGCUGCCCGAGGCCUGGCCUAUUUACAUGAAGAUUCCAGUCCCCGUGUCAUACACAGGGAUUUUAAGUCUAGUAACAUCUUACUGGAACAUGAUUUCACCCCAAAAGUGUCUGAUUUUGGUUUGGCUAGAGCUGCAUUAGAUGAAGGAGAAAGACACAUAUCCACUCGAGUCAUGGGAACUUUUGGGUACGUGGCUCCAGAAUAUGCUAUGACAGGGCAUCUACUUGUAAAGAGUGAUGUUUACAGUUAUGGUGUUGUCCUGCUUGAGCUGCUAACUGGAAAAAAGCCAGUGGAUAUGUCUCAGCCACCAGGUCAAGAGAAUUUGGUCGCUUGGGCACGUCCACUCCUAACGAGUGAAGAAGGUCUGGAGUUGAUUAUGGACCGUAAUUUGGGGCCUGAUUUCCCUUUUGAUGACAUUGUAAAAGUAGCUGCUAUUGCGUCAAUGUGUGUUCAACCAGAGGUGUCACACAGACCUUUCAUGGGUGAGGUUGUCCAGGCCUUAAAGCUGGUAUGUAACGAAUGCGGACAGACAAAAGACGUAGUGUCUCAAAGUUGUAGCCAAGAUGAUCUGUCUAUUGACAUGGAUGCUGGGGUUAGUACAACUUCAAGCCAAGUGCUAAACCCUAUACAACCUCAAUCCCCGGUUUCUAACUCUGACAGUGAGCUGGAUGUUGAGAGGGGUCUUUCAAUGUCAGAUUUACUGAGUCCAUUAGCAAGAUAUGGACAGCAAGAAUCUGGUUCAUUUAGGAGGUACUCUAGCUCAGGUCCUCUGAGAAAAGGAAAAACUAGGAGGCUAUGGCAGAAAAUGAGAAGAUUAUCUGGAGGUAGUUUGAGCGAGCAUGGCGUGAUGUUUGGGUUACGGCCUGGAUCCCACUAAUUGAAGUUUUCAUCUUUGACUUUGAUAAAUGUUUCACCAUCCAUGCCGGAUAUACUAGAUUGAGCAUGGAAUUGUACAGUAUCUUCUUAUGAAGACAUAUAAUGAGGAAGCAAACACCAAUAUACUCAAGUUGUCCUGAAUGCUAUCGCGUAAUCCAUGAGUAUGAUAAGCCCUCCGCCAAAAGCUGGGAAGAGAUAUCUGAAUACGGAUUUCUUCUUAUGUAAGAAGAUUGUAUUUAUUGUAACAUGCUAAUUGUUCAUAAAAGGAAUCAUAGUUCUUUAUCUUCUGGUAUUGAGUUUGAACCUUGAGAGGCAAAAGAGUAAUCUGCUGCUAGGAUGUUAUCCUUUGAACUCUCCUCUUCCACAAUGACAUUUUCAAUUGAAAAACA